GACUAUCUUACUUCAUAAAGACAUGAUAUUUUUAUCUGACAGUAAUAAAGAAAUAUUGAAUGAAAGUAAAAAAUCCUUGUUAUGUCAAAACAAAAGUGUAUGUAUAUAUGCAUGUCAUAACAUUUAAAUGAUGAUUUUUUGGAGAAUCAUGUCAUCCCUUGCAUUCAAUAAAUUAAGAAAAAGAACGACAUCCAGUGCAAUUGAGAAACCAAAAAAAAGUGUCAACAGAUUCAAUGGACUUACUGUGGAAGAAAUACUAAAGAAUACUCUACCCGAUUACCUCGAAGAAAAUCUUGACAUGGUAUUCAUCGGUAUAAAUCCAGGUUUGAUGUCAGCACACCGUGGUAGAUAUUAUGCAGGUCCAGGUAAUCAUUUUUAUAAACUUUUAUAUGAAUCAGGCUUAACGCCAAGAUGCAUGAAUUUUGAUGAGGAUCAUAAGUUAUUGCAAUACGGAAUAGGAUUAACAAAUAUAGUUAGUAGAACGACCAGUUCUUCUGCGGAUUUAAAGAAAACAGAAAUUAAAGAAGGUGCUAAAAUUAUCGAAGAAAAAAUAAAGUUAUUUAAACCAAAGAUUGCUAUCUUUAAUGGAAAAUGUAUUUAUGAAGUUUAUGCGAAUAAAACCAGUAAAUCAUCCUUUCAUUAUGGAUUACAACCAGAACACAUAGAAAAUACCGCUGUUUGGGUUGUACCUUCUAGCAGUGCUCGUUGUGCUAACUUUCCUCGAAUGACAGACAAAUUACAUUUUUACACUGCAUUAAAGAAAUAUUUACAAUUUUUAAAGGGUGAAAUUAAGGAGGUAGAUUUAAAAGAAUUUUUCUUGGAAAGAAAAUGCAAUCAAUCUAUACCGAGCACUUCUAAAAUGUGGAGACGUAAAAAUAUAUCAGCUUAUGUAAACGGUGGCAGAAUAGCUAAUAAAGAUACAAUAUUUUUGGAUAAUUCAGAUGAAAAUGUUGCUAUAGUAUGCAGUACUGAAUUUAUUGUUAAAAAAUUCAAGCAGGAGCAGGAUAAUGAUGACAAGAAUGACAAAAAAGAGAUAUCAGAAACAUGUGUCUCUUCUUUGGAAGAAAAUCUUAAAUCUGCACCUAUAAAUAACAAAUUGUUAAAUGGAAAUGUUGAAGAUAGAUUGCAAGAUAGUACUGAGUCUAAAUCUGUAAAUAUAAAAAGUGAUAUUAAAUAUAACAGAAAGGAUAUAUAUAAGAGAAAUAAAAGACUUUUUCCUACAAAUCUAGAAAGAACUUUCAAAGUAAAUGAAUCUGUAGAUUUUGUAAAAUUAAUAAAACAAAGACUUAAAGAAAAGACUACUGAUGGCGAAGAAACUAUGGAAAAAAAAUAAAAACUAUCAACUAAUAAAUAAUAUUUAUAUACUUUAGAUUUAUAAAUCAUAUUUAUUAGAUCUACUCUAUCAUUUUCUAUAUUUGUAUAUUAAUUAACUUUCUAUUUUCAUUCAUUUAGUUCAUAAGUUUCUUUACACCUAAAAUAAUGUAUAGCAUGAGAAUUAUUUUCUAAUAUAUAUAUAUUUUUUAUUUUUAUAAACAUAUUAAAAAAAUACAUAAUUUUCCCCUUCAAAAUAAGUUUUUAAAUAAGAACAUAAUUUCAUCCUUUUCAUUUCCCCCAAAUUUUAUAAACAUUAUAUAAAUUAUAAACAACGCGUUAAAAAUUUGAUAUAAAACAAUAAUGACCCUUUUUAAGCAUGACCAUUAGAAAGUUUCUUAUACUUUCUAAAUAUGUAGCAAAAAUAAGGAUGUAAUGUACGUACAAAACUAAUUGAGAUUUCUAACAAUUUCUUUUUUAAACUUUUCAUAUUGAUAUUUAAUGACUUGAUUUAAAAUUUGUAUAAAUAAUUAAAAUUAUAUGCAAUGAGAAAAACGGUAAUCCUUGUCAUCAUUUAAUAUGCAACGAAAUUAAAGAAAAAAGAAACGAAUUAAACCUUAACGUAAAUGCUACAUCGGUCAUGUCUACCACAAAUCC